AUGACCAGCAACGGACACAGAGACUACACCGGACAGACGGUCAACGACCAGCGAGCAUGGCCGCGUGCUGUCAGCCACGGCCGUGAUCGGAGCGUCAGCAGCGUCUUGCCGGGCUUCAACCCCUUUGCGGGAGGAAGUCUGGCUCUGUCGGUAGACGAUCUUGCUGCCGAUCGCGAGUAUGACGCGACUGCUCGAGACAGCGCCGCAACAGCACGCAACGCAAGUAGUGCUGGCGCACACGAAGCCUCGUCGAUGCCCUCCGACUUCUACGACCGAGGCGUCGAAAGCUUCGACACCAGGUCCAGGGGCUUCACCGAUGCCUCGCAGCCUCGCAACCACCGCGGCGGCAGGGACAGCUUGUCGGUCAGCUGGGAUGCGAUGACCCCCUCGCACGCAGUCGCUCAAUCGCCUGGCGACGGUCAGCGUACCCUUGCCGAGAUGACGAGGCAGCUGCGACAGAUGUCGAUGGGCGGAGGCGAACUUCAAAUGCGAUCUCAACCAUCGGGCGUCGCCUCCAUCUUUGACAGCCAAGAAGGCACUCGAACGGUCCGCGCCAGUCCCGGGACCUCGCCCACUGGCAUUCGCGGCAGCUCGAGCGCGACGCCGAGCAUGGGCCAUGGUCUUUCGGCCCAAGCAAAGGCCUUUACAGCUUCUCAGCCGCUGGGUCGGAUGUCGCAGGACCAGCUCGGCAGUACUGGCUACGCGGGCGUGGGUCCGGGUGAUAUGCCCACGUACGGCUUCCCGACUCCUCUUCCGACCGCCAGCAGCGGCUUCGUGCCGCCGAUGGCCAGCGCGCCGCCCUUCAUUCCAGCGCAGCACCAGCUGAACUUUGGAGCGUCGGCGGUGGGCCUUCCCGCCCCCGCACCCUCGGCGGCAGCGAUGGCCUCCGCGUUGGCUUUGUCGAAUGACCUCACCUUUUCCAGCCUGGCCGCUCUCGGACCGAUGCCGCCAUCGUCGAUGGGUCCGCCUCUGCCCAUGGGCGGAAUAGGCGGUGCUCCCUUUGGCGCUGGCACGACAAGCGAGCUGCAAGACCUCGGCAAGGGCGUGCCUUUGACGAGCUUGUCCAAGGACACGCCGCUCUACAUCGUCGAAUUCAAACAAGGACGCACCGACCUGUUCUUCCGUUCCAAGUCGCCUCCGCACUCUCCUACCGUUCGUGAUCAAGACGCUAUCCGACGCGGAGAUCUGGUCAUUGUCGAGGCGGAUCGAGGCAAAGAUCUUGGCACGGUGGUCAACGACAGCAUCACGGUCGAACAAGUGCAAGCCUUCCUCGCGCAUCAGUCUGACCUUACGAUCGGCGCUGCUACUUCGGGCGCAGCUAGCGUUCAUGGUCCGACCGGGCUGCUGACGGGUGCCGGUAGCGGCGACGAGACGUCCUCCAGCGCCUCGGGCUUGAGUGCCUCACCCUCGUCGACGACGAAUGCGACUCAUGGGCAACUUGGCUCCGGCGGCAUGGGCGCUCGACCGAUGCGCACCAUCAGUCCGAAGCGACUCUUCACCAAAGCCACCGCGGCCGAUACGAGCACGCUCUUUUCGAAGGCGCAAGACGAGGAGCGUGCGCUGCAGCUGUGCAUCUCCAAGGUGGUUCAGCGAGGACUGCCAAUGAGCGUGGUGGCUGCCGAGAUGCAGUGGGAUAGGCGCAAACUCACGUUCUACUACACGGCCAGCAUGCGCGUCGAUUUCCGCGAUCUGGUCAAGGAGCUCUUCCGUCUGUACAAGACGAGGAUCUGGAUGUGCCAUCUCGGCCAUCCCAGCGGCGCCGGCGUCUGA